AUGACUGUUAGUAGUGGUUUUUGUGAUAGGUUGAACAAUGCGUUUAAUGAUAAGGAGCUAGAUUGUAUUAGCUUGGUUACAAUAAUCGACAGUUAUUGUGAGACCAUAUGUAAAUCUGAGGCGUCGACUACUGAGAUGUCUUAUUUAUUUUUAAAAGCUUUGAAUAUUCAAUUGAAUCGAUUCCAUGAUGUGGUUUAUGAAAUAGGUUGGGAUCUUCCAAAAUCAAUUAUUGGUUUAUGUAUGUUUAAAGAUAAGAAAAAUGUUCCUAUAGAGUGGAGAAAAGAUGAAAUAUUCCUUUUAAUCAAUGAAUCCUUUGAUAUAAUAAUCAAGUAUAGUAAUCCAAAGGAAUAUUUUAUUGCGUUUUGCGAUAUGCUAUCGACUUCUGAUAUUUCUGCCAUUACAGCACAGUUCUAUAAAUCUGAAGGCAUUGAUGAAGAAAGUGAUACUCUGGCAGAAUUAUCAUUUUUAGCUCAAUUUUUUCUAAUCAUGAAUUUAGGUACUGCAUCUUUUAAAAAUAUUAAAACUGUCUACCCUUCUAAAUUCUUACGAAUGUUUUAUGAGGCUUUGCGUAAAUACGUGACUACCAAUUUAUCAUUACUUAAAGAGCAAGUUUGCUUUGAGACCAUAAUAUAUAAGUUCCUCGCGGAUUUCCAUGUAGAAAUACCACCUAAGGAUUUUAUAACUGAUCUGGGGUUAUCGAAAAGUGAAUAUAAAGACAUCAAGGAGGAAGAAAUAAGACUAUGCAAUAAAAUUCUAUUGUCAGGCCAAUUUAUGUUAAUAUCGUUACUUUAUAGUAAUACUGAAAGUGGCUGUGAUUUGCAAAUAUAUAGUGGUAUCGACAAAAAAUUUAAUAUUGAUGCCAAUGAUUAUACUUACGAUAACAACCGAGUUCAAAUGUACUGUGAUAUGGCAACCAAGUUUGGAUUAGACUUACAUAAUCAAUUCGAGACUAUAAAAAAUAAUUCAAAAGAGUUAUACAAUGAUAUCACAAAUUUUGAGUCACCUAAUGGUGAAUUUGAGAGUUUACCUGCAUCUAAAUUGAAUGAAUUGAUUUAUCAUUUAGCAUAUACACAUGAAAUUAAGAAUUUAUCAAACCUUAAAGAUCCUUCUACUGGAAUAUUUGCAAUUUUAACGUAUUUUGGGAUGUUUAUGCUCUCAAAAAAUGAUGCAGUGUCUAUCACUUAUUCUUUAGAAGAGAGUAUUUACUUAUAUUUGCAUUGUUCAAGUUGUUCAAUAUACUCACAAAAUAUGAAUAACGUCUUUGUUGAAAGUGUUGCAAGAUACAUGAUUAUUAAUUCUUUCAUGGAAUGUUCAAAUUCAACUGAAAUUAAAAGACAGUUAUCUAGAAUUCCUUUAAACAUUAAAAAUGUUUUUCUUCAAUUAUUAUUAAUGAAAGUACGCAAUGAAGCAGAUAGUAAUGUUCGAACAAUUUAUCUUUUUAUCAUUACCCAAAUAUUGGCAUCUGUAACUCAAGCAGAAUCAUUUGACUUUAUUGUGGAUACGUUACUAACUUGCCCAUUUAUUGAGGCAAAGAUUGUUAUACUAUACAUUUUAAAGACACUACUGAUCAAAGAUAUUUGCCAAGUACAAUCAUAUUUUGUAACUGAAGACAAAGAUCAAAAAUUACCAGCAUUACCGCCAAGACCAAUAAUUAAAUUGGAUGACGAUAUCAUUGCCAAAAUCCAUAGUCUUUACUCCAUAACAUUUGAAUCAACGAUAAAAGACAAGAAAGAUAAAAGGCAAUUGACCCUAUUGUUAAGUUUUUUGAACCUAAUGAUUGUGUUAAGAAGGCAAUGGAACUUAAACUUGCUUAUAAUAAUAGAUGAGCAGUUUACUAAAGAAUUUCAAGACGAACCAAUUGAAGAAGAACUUCCAGAAAUUGGGUUCAUUAAAAUUUCAAUGGAAACAUUAAAGGAGUUCAUAAGUACUUCAGUGAAAUAA